CUGUGACCUCCCGACAGUCUGUUCAAGAUGGCCGCUUGAGUGGAGAAUUCACACAUCUCCAAAUAAAACUAAUCUAACAGCUAACUAGCUUCUCAAACUACUUCAGCUGCCUUUUCAAAGAAUGAGAACACGAUACCGGCGAGAACUGUUAUGGUUCUGACAAAGAAGAUGAGCAUAAUUACUGAGGACGACGUCGGAGUUAUGGAAUAAAACAGUAGCUACUGAAAUAGAAGGGGAUUAAAGGCCCUUUACUACAGUCCAGCAUGGACAGCUUCUUCAAGGCAGCUGUAUGUGAUCUGGACAAACUCCUUGAUGACUUUGAGCUCAGCACUGAGGAGUUGGAAUGUAAAUCAGUUUUCCUGAAGCCUGCAACAUACCCAUUCUCCUCACUGGGCUCUCCAUGUUUAUCCUCAGAGGCAUCCACGGUCCCACCAAGCCUUCCUGACCUUAAUUCUCUUCAUUAUGGCUCUGCCACAAGUUGCCCUGACCGCUCCCUUAGUCACCGCAGCACUGAUGAUAGAGAGGUCAAAGGUCAGCCUCUCACUGGUGUGGACCUUCUCUCCUCGGUGGAUCGGAGGCCAGCUAAAAGUUCUGCCCCUCCUUGCCCAGAUCGAGCUUUAAAGCCAGUGUGUGACCUCGUGAAUGACACAAGCUCUGCCAUCCUGGUCAGGGCCAACAGCCAUGAUGCUUUUAGUGAGCUGGAUGUGGUGGAGAAGCAGAUGCAGGAGGAAGAGGAGGCACUGCUUGUGGACUUUGAUAGUCCUGUGGUCACAGUAGAGGAGCGAGUAGUGGUGAGCCAAGGGGCUGGAGGGGCUUGUGCUGAGGAUGAGCACACUUCUGCUGGGAAAGUUGAACUGCUGGGUCUAGACGAGCAGAAUGGAGGAUAUUCUGCCUCGCUGAGUCUGCUAGAUAUUAUUAUUCCUGCAGCAGUGGACAGGAGCUCUGAGGCCACCGAUGAUUCACUCUCACAAAAGCCCACUGAGUCAGCUGACCAAGAAAAGAGGGACUGUGUGGAGGGGGCUUGUAUCAACCAUGUAGUAGAAAAUUCUUUAGAUCACUGUGAACAGGAUAGCGUCGACCCUGUUGAGAGCCUUAAGGAGGCAACAACCUCCUCCAAAAAUAACAAGGACGAGACACAAGAAAACUUGGAUGAAAGUGCAUCAGAGUCUCCUGCAGAUCCGAAGUCAGGGGCUUCAGACAGCGAACCGGUGGGUUUGUCUUGCCUGCCCUUAGCUGUAUCCAUGUGUGGAGCACUGGUGAAUCCAAAGGCAGCAGAAAAGGAGUUGGGGCAAAUGAUGGAGCACUGUGAGAAUGAUGAUGAUGACGACGACAAUGAUGAUGAUGCAGAUAUAUGUGAGAGCACAGAGGCAGACUCCCUGUCAGCCAUGGAAGCCAUGGAGGAAAGGUCCUGCUUAAGGGAAGCUGUUGAGUCAGCGGCCUCUGUGUCCCAGCAGAUAGAAGAGAACCGGGUCUCCCCAGAGGGGCAGCAUUUGUCUCUUGGUUCUCAUGUUGCCCCUUCUUUGGACUUGGCGUCCCCUGACCGGUCAGAACCAAGCCCAGUUGAUCCUCCUGAGUUUGGUUUUGAGUAUCUACCAGAAAGUGACCAGGCUGAGAUGCUGGUUACAGAUGAAGAAUUAGAUGCAUUCCUACAGGCCCACACUGAAGCAGAGCAGGGUAAAGGUGGUUCUUGUUGCAGCAGAUCUGGAGAUUUUUCUCAACCCGAGUGUCUUGCAGAGUCAAAUAUGGAUCUGGAAGACAGGCUUGUGGAGGAAGAGCUGAUGAGCUGUGGCCAAGCACGACAGGAGGAACUAGAAGGCUUGGCUUCUCCAGAAAGCGACAGAACAGUUGGUGUUUCUGUGGAGGGAAGCUUUAACCCUGGUGCUUCAUCAUUGUCAGACCACUCCAGCAGUCCUCCCCAAACAGAGUUACAACUCUCUUCUGGGGUUGACACUUUGCUGACCAGCAACACGUUACAGCCUCAGCACAGCAGUAGUCCUGAUCAGCAGUCCUCCUAUGGAGGUGCAAGGCCUAAAAUGCUUCACUGCCAAACUUCUAGAUCACCACCAGCAGGGGAAGAAGAAGAAGAGCAGGCUCAAACUCUCAGUGAUUCUUCAAAACAGCCAAGUAUGAUAGAGGAUGAAGAGAAUUCACCUAUAAGUCCCACUCCCACAGAGGGGCAUUCAAACAUCAGGGACUAUAGCCCUGCAUACACCACUCAGGAGCAUCAGGAUUACAGUUUGGGAUAUGAUGAACUCUCUGAGCCCCCGCCUUACCCAGGGGAGCCCCCUGGAGAGAGUGCCAGCCCGGUGGACUGGAAGAGAGAGGGAGCAGAGGAGCUGGGGACCAGGCAGCCUGCAUGGGUGCCCGACUCUGAAGCUCCCAACUGUAUGAACUGCUACCAGAGGUUCACGUUCACAAAGAGACGGCAUCACUGUCGGGCCUGUGGCAAGGUUUACUGUGCUGUGUGCUGCAACAGGAAGUGUAAGCUCAAGUAUCUGGAGAAGGAGGCCCGCGUAUGUGUUGUCUGCUUCGAUACCAUACACAGAGCCCAGGCGCUGGAGCGGAUGAUGAGUCCUACGGGGCCCAGCCCAAACCCCAAUGUCCCCUCUGAGUACUGCAGCACCAUCCCUCCUUUGCAGCAGGCCCGUGCUGCAGGCACUCUGAACUCUCCUCCACCUACCGUCAUGGUGCCUGUGUCCGUUCUCAAACACCCAAGCAACGACAGUUGUCCUCGUGAACAGAAGCGCGUGUGGUUUGCUGAUGGCAUCUUGCCUAACGGAGAGGUCGCAGACACAACAAAACUGUCAGUGACAAGCAGAAGGAGCCCCCAGGAGUCCAGCGGAUCCACACCAGACCAAACGCCAAGUCCAUCCGGGUCAGAUGCUGGCGUUGGCAGCUCAUCGGGUCCUGAGUCUUCUGCAGCUGCCGAGGUGGUUCGACCCCUGGUGUCUGGACCCUGGGAUUAUGCUCUGCUUUGUGGAAUCUAUUCUUCAGUGAAGAGGGUGCCCAGUCUCCUGCCAGAAAAUGAGAAUGAGCUCCCUCCACUACUCAUCACCACUGGAGAGGAAGAGGCAGGAGAUAUACUAGUGGAGGAAAGUCCUGCUCCAUGCCAGAUUCUACAUUUAUUAGAAGAAGGAGGGCCUCGUCCUCUGACAUUUGUUUUAAAUGCCAACCUGUUGGUUAAUGUCAAACUGGUUACAUAUGGCAGUCAUCAGUGUUGGUGUUUUGGCUCUAAUGGGCUCCAGGCUCUGGGGCAGAAGGAGGUGGUGUUUUUGCUUGAGUGUCUACCAGAAGAAAAAACACUGCCACAAGACCUCUUCACACUUUAUAUCAACAUUUACCAGGAUGCUCAGAAAGGGAAGUUUCUGGAGGAACUGGAUAAUGUGACGUUCACCAGCAGUUUCCUGGGCAGUAAGGAUCAUGCUGGGAUGCUUUUCUUUUCUCCCACCUUUCAGCCUCUAGAUGGCCUCUCUCUCCCCCCUCAGCCUUUCUUGUUUGGCCUGCUCAUCCAGAAACUAGAAGUGCCCUGGGCCAAAGUCUUUCCACUGCGGCUACUUCUGCGGCUGGGGGCUGAACACAGUGUGUAUCCAACUACUCUGACAAGUGUUCGUUUUCGGGAAUCAGUGUAUCGAGAGACUGGACACACAAUUAUGAAUUUACUGGCUGACCUGAGGAACUACCAGUACAGUCUGUCAGUUGUUGAAGGCCUGAGGAUCCACAUGGAAAUGGGUCACAGCUACAUCGACAUACCCAAAAGUAGCGUCAAUGAUAUGCUGAAGGUGGUAAAUGCAUCCAACGAGCAUGUGAUCAGUAUUGGCGCAAGUUUCAGCACUGAAGCCGACUCUCACCUAGUGUGUUUCCAGAAUGAGGAGGGAAACUAUCAGACCCAGGCCAAUAGCAUGCCUGGGAAAACCCGCACAGUGACUGGGGCCAGUUUUGUGGUGUUCAACGGAGCCCUCAAAGCCUCCUCAGGUUUUAUUGCCAAGUCCAGUAUCGUCGAAGAUGGGUUGAUGGUUCAAAUCCCUCCAGAGACCAUGGAAUCUCUGCGUGCUGCCCUCAGGGAGCAGACAGACUUUGACAUACCCUGUGGAAGGAAUGAUGGAGGAGAGCUCAGAGAGAACGUCACAGUCCGCUGGGUCAACUGGAGUGCACCUGUCAACACAGGCAGAACUAGUGCAGUUGACGGGAGACAACAGGAUGGAGUUCGCAGUGUGAGGAUGCAGCAGGACACGGAGUUUGAGUCAGAUGGACGCGCCAUUAGAUGCACUGAGGUGUUCUACCAUUUAAAGUCUCCUGACAGCAGCCUCGCAUCUGUGCUGCCAUCCUGCAGUGUGUUUCAGAAGGAGAUUGCUUUGGCCACAUGCAGCGCUCUGACUCCUCACCUCGCUGUUCUCACCUCCAGUGGCAUCAAUUCUCUGUCACUGCGUGUGUCAACACAGGCUGACAUGGUGGAGUACCAGGCUGGCUCUGGAGGCAGACUCCUCCCUCAGCGCUACAUGAAUGAGCUGGACAGCGCUUUGAUCCCCGUCAUCCAUGGAGGUAGCGCGAGUGUACCACAGACUGCCAUGGACAUGGAGUUUCUUUUCUACAUCAUACAUGCCAUCUAAUUCAUAUGCAAAGCAUGACACACCCUAAAUGAAAAGCCUCUAAUUUGAAAUGUGACUAGACACAGAGAGAAGAUGUUCUUUUCAGAAGGUGCUGAUGCAGCAGCACAGGUGGACAUGCAGCCAACUAUACAGAGGACUAAUGCAGAAUAUGAGAAUGUUCAAACUAUUUGCUGGACUUUGAAAGGAUGUAAAGUGAGGUUUUCUGUCAAGAAACUGAUGUGUGUUUGUGUGUCUUGUUGUCACCAAAGCUGCUUUUAAUACAAGAAGCCAAACACUAAACACGGACAACAUGACCAAAAACAACCCAACUACUCAACACGUUUGUUUCUGCUCUGCCUUCCAGGCUCCAGCUUGGAGCACCUCAGUGAAUGUUCCUGCAGCAAUCGUUUGGAUGUAUUUAGUGUCAUUUUAAUAUGGGAGAAUUGAAUGAAACAACGAUAAACCAGGAAAUCGAGGAUGUCACUGGCUGCAGUAAGCAGUGGUUAAAUGGUAUCAUGUGAUCAGGUGCUAUUGUAGAGCCAAUCCACAUAUGUAGCUGGCCUGGCCUGAAUAUGAAGAAAUUUGAUCAUCUUAUUUUCACUGAAGGUAAUUUGCUCUCAGUUCACUUUCUGCUUAAUGACGAUACUGUACAGGAAAACAUUGGGCCUCAUGCAAGAACAAUUUAUAUAUUUAACUUAAAGUCUUCAGUCAAAAUCCCUAAGCCUGUGUCUGACAGGUCUGACAGAGGUCUUUGUUCAACGGAUGCCACAUGAUCAUGGAGUGGUGGACAUUUGUUCUUUUGAAACUAUUUGACUAGAUUUGUUGGCAAAUAAAAAAUGUUCACAGGACAUAGGAGAGAAAAAAACUGAAAAUAUUAAUAGAGAUAAUACAGAUGAACAGAUCAAAGUGAUCUGAAUAUGUCACUAAUGGUCUAAAUGUGGUGAUGAAGACUUUGAUGAGCAUACAUUUUGCCAGCUCUGAGUUUAACUGCCCAAGUUGGAGCAGAUGUGUUUUCUUAGUUCUUGCAUGAUGUCCAGUGUGUAUGAAAAAGUUUCAGAGGUAAUCAGCCAUCUGCUUCAUCAUUAUUUUAUUCUAUUACAAUCUUCUUAUAAUAAGUAAAGGCCUGUAAUGUGGCUGGUGUUGAAUAACAAGUAAUAUUUCGUCCAGGGGUAAAACAAAGGUGUUUUCAAACCUGUGUUAUGUUUUGAUCUGGUCCUCAAUCAGAAACAGCAUUAAUAACCUUUGUGUAUUUCUAUUUUGGUUAGAUUUCUUUGAACAGUGAAAAAUACUUCAACAAACCAAAGCCCUUCAGGAAAAGCCAGAAUAAUGUUUCAUCCUCAUCGGUUUAAGGUGUCAGUGACAGAAACACAGGAAGAACUGUUUGUCUGUCUGUCUGUCUAAACUGGCCGUCUGUGAGAGGACAACAUCCUUCAUCUGGCUUUAGCUGUUGAAUUUCUUUGUAUAAAUCUCCUUCUGUCUAAACGAGGCCCCCACAUCACUAUAAUUACACAUGUAUCAAAACAAAUCAUAAGUGAAAAAACAAACCAGUCUGAUUGAACCAGACCAAAUAGUGCAGGUCUGAAACCUCCUGAGUCUCACUUUUUGUUGCCAUUGAAGUCAUUGUCAUCACCGUUGCUUCCUGCUAAUGUGCUUCUGCUCUAUUUCAGUCAAUUUUUGCGUCAGUAUUUUACCAGCUUUAUUCCAAUACCUAUGAUUUUUUGGCAUUUGUUCAGGGCUACAGUCUCAGUUAAAUGACGACGUGGUGCACAGCUGAUGGGGUCUUAACAUCAAUUUAUAUGAACCCUUCAGAGCAUCAUAAAACAUCAAGCCGUCUCCAUUCUAAGAAUCUACAAAGUAGAUGCAGAUGUCUUGAUAACCAUCAGUUUUGGGUUCAUCAUGCACUGAUGAAGUCUUCUCAGGACUGUCUAAUUACAGUGUUUAAGUGUUUGACCAUACGUUGAAAAGCAUCAGGCUGGUUUCAUGUUUAAGAUGUAUUUAAUGUAUCUCCACAGCAGCUUAAAGACAGUCAGGCACUUUAGACCCAUUAAACAGGAGGCUGCUCUGAGGCUUUUUAGGGUAUGGGGAUAAAUGUUAUGUAAUGGCAGGGUGCGUUUUUAAUCAGGUCGACAGGUGGACCGGAGCCCCUCUUUUUUCACCAGCUUCUCAUCUUUCCACAGUGUUUAAAGCUACGUCAGAACUGCCAGUUCCCUUAUACGAGUGCCGAGGCAAAGGGAAGGUCUUCUUAUCAUAGUGAGUAAAAGCCCACAUAGGUUCAAUAUUUGUAAAAUGCAGUCAUGGUUAGCAUGUAAUGUUGCAAUUAGCUUUGUGCAAUCCCCAUAAUCGGAGGUCAGGUAUCCGUUUUCUCCAGUUUUAGGGCAAAGUGCAGUGUUUCGGAUCUCGUCCCAGUUUCUCACUCUUCAGUCUGCUUUGUCCAAAUGUACAGAAAAUAUACUGUAUGCAUAGAGAUUGUAUUAAAUGAUUUGUGAUUUCUGUUUUGUUUUUAAAUAUUGAAGAGUUAUUUUUGGACUCAUUGAUAUAAAAGUUUUAACAAAUGGAAUAAGAUGAAAUAUUUUUGAUAGGAAGUAGGCUACAUUAAUUUUUGCAGUUUGCGUAGCAAGUUCCAUAAGCACUGAAAGGAAAAACACUAGCAUAUUAACUCCUGAAACAAACACGUCUAAUGCAUCGUUUUGUCACAACCAGUCCCAAAAUGCAAUGCAAUGAGUGCUUUAGUGUGAGAUGAAUGUGUAGAUAAAAAUGUUGACAGAAUAAAAGCAGCCUGCACUGACAUUUCACAGCUCAUUAUUUAUCAAAUGGCAGCCUGUGCACCGUUAAUCUGAAAAUGUUUAAAUGCAUAGACGCUGGAUUUUCAAUGCUACAAAAUAAAACUGUAACAGCAGAUAGUGAAAUUAAAUUAAACAACUGAGGCCGUUAGUGGCUAAAUAUGGAGCUCCAAAGUGCCGGAUAAUAAAUACAUAAGUAAGACUUCAUCAACUGGUCUGGAAUGCAUUUAAAUGAACUAAAACAUGAUAUAUUUUAGGAGUAAUUCUUUUUAAACGGUAUCAGUCACGGCUAAUUCUUUUAAAACGAGGUCAGUUUACAAGAAAAAUAUCACAAAGCUUUAACAGUAAAUGAGAAUUGAUAAGUUAGUCAGCUGGAUACUUCACAAUUAUUAUUAACCUUUUGUGACUGGACUUAUAUGUUUUCUUGUUUGUUUUUUUUUAAUCAGUACAAUAUCAAACACUUUGGGGCUUCAUAUGUGGCCUUUUUAAUUGUAAUCCGUCGCCUCCACCUUUAUAGAACUUCAAGUCUAAAUUUCUUGAAAUCCCAUUCAACAAAAGUAGGUUUCUUAAAAAUCCAACUGUCGUAAUUUUCCUGAUUUAAUGUGUAUUUUAACUAUUGUAAUUAUAUACUCUCUUCACUUAGGCCUGUACCAGGGUGUAAUUAUUCCCUGGUUCAUUUUAUCGGCUCAUAAUACAGUCGAAAUAGAACUAGAAUGUACUGAACACUGGGAGUAAAGACCUAUUUCUGAGUUCCAUCUUUCUGCUUAGCACAAAAAAAAAAUGGGGACAGUCAACAUGUUUCACCUGUUGUGCAAAUAACCUUAGCACUGCAGGCGGUAGUUUCUGGGGAACUAUUUGAUUUCGACAAAGUACAUCCCAUAUCGUUUUCACCGUUUGAACUUUGGAUCCUGGAAGCAU